AUGAAGAUCGAGGAAGUAAAACACACUACAAAGUCUCAAAGAAUUGCUGCUCACAGUCACGUUAAAGGAUUGGGACUUGAUGAAAACGGAUUUGCGCUUCAAAUGGCCUCAGGACUGGUAGGCCAAGAACAAGCUCGGGAGGCUGCUGGAAUUGUGUUGGAAAUGAUUAGGUCAAAGAAAAUGUCAGGAAGAGCAGUCCUCUUAGCCGGACCUCCUGGAACUGGAAAGACUGCAAUAGCUUUGGCACUGGCACAAGAGUUAGGCAGCAAAGUCCCUUUCUGUCCAAUGGUAGGGAGUGAAGUUUAUUCUACCGAAAUUAAGAAAACUGAAGUACUUAUGGAAAAUUUCAGAAGAGCAAUAGGAUUGAGAAUCAAAGAAACGAAGGAAGUUUAUGAAGGAGAAGUAACAGAACUCACUCCUGCCGAGAUAGAAAACUCAUUUGGAGGUUACGGAAAGACCAUAAGUCAUGUGAUAAUCGGACUAAAGACGGCAAAGGGUUCAAAGCAGUUGAAACUGGACCCAACAAUUUAUGAUGGUCUGCAGAAAGAGAAGGUAGAAGUUGGUGAUGUUAUCUACAUCGAAGCCAACAGUGGAGCAGUUAAGCGCCAGGGUAGGUCAGAUAUAUACGCCACAGAGUUUGAUCUGGAGGCAGAGGAGUACGUGCCACUACCGAAGGGAGAUGUUCACAAGAAGAAGGAAGUGGUGCAAGAUGUUACCCUGCACGACCUCGAUGUUGCCAAUGCCAAACCACAAGGUGGUCAAGAUGUCAUUUCAAUGCUUGGACAGUUCAUGAAACCCAAGAAGACUGAAAUAACAGACAAGCUACGACAGGAGAUCAACAAAAUAGUGAACAAGUACAUUGAUCAGGGCAUAGCGGAGUUGGUGCCCGGAGUCUUGUUCAUCGACGAGGUGCACAUGCUUGACAUUGAAUGCUUCACAUACCUGCACAGGGCACUUGAAUCAACUAUCGCUCCCAUCGUUAUCUUUGCAACAAACAGAGGCAAAUGUUCAAUCAGAGGCACAGAAGACCUUGUGGCCCCUCAUGGCAUCCCACUGGAUCUCCUGGACCGACUCAUGAUCGUCCGUACUAUGCCAUAUUCCAAAGAAGAAAUACAACAAAUAAUCUCGUUGCGUGCACAGACGGAAAACAUACAGAUUGAGGAGGAGGCACUUGCCAAGAUGAGCGAAAUUGGAGUUAAAACCACUUUAAGAUACGUAACUCAGCUACUAACGCCAGCCAGCAUACUGGCGAAGACAAACGGAAAGGAGAAGAUAAGCAAGGAGGAAGUGGAUGAGACACAUUCACUCUUCUUUGAUGCCAAGUCUUCUGCUAAGAUACUCGCUGAACAGAAAGAUAAAUACAUGAAAUGAUUUUACAGAGCACGGAGCUUAGUUAUAACAUGACGGUGUUAUAUCGCAUCAUUUGAUAAUCGAUUUAUGACGUGUUAGUCUGUUGUUUUUAAUGUCGUUAGUUAAUGUUAAAUUUAUCAAAUUUGUUAUGAAGAUUGACAAUUUCAAAAAAUAGCGUCAUUUUAUAUUUAAAUCAUUUUUAUUCCUCUCAUUUAAUAACCUUAAUAAAGAGAAACAACAAAGUAAAAAACUUUUACUUAGUAUUUGUGGACGAAUAAUAAAACAACAUAAGAAAAAAACAAGAACUAAAAAACUGUAACGGCGAAUGACGACGUUAUGUGCUUUCUUUUACGCUUCUAUCUCGCUUGCUAAUGACUCGUCUUCUUCACUGUUGUUAUCCUCAUCAUCUUCAUCAUUUUCAUCAUCCUUUUCAUACUCAUCUUCAUCGUCAUCCAAUUUCAAAUCUGCAUCAUUGAAAUGCUUAGCACUGUUGAUGAUAUGUUCUGCAUAGUCCAUGUGCAUCUUCAACGUACUCUUCAACGUUUCAUUUUGUCGCCGACUGCUGGUCAGCUUCUCGUACAUCUUCCUGUAUUGUUCUGCCUGUUGCAUGUGCAUCGUAUAGGAAGUCAGGUAGAACUCGGCCAGGGCUUCAUUCUGAGGAAAUUUUAUAUUUCUGGUUGCACCAUGGUGUUCUACUGGAAAUGUGGUGUUGUUAUUGUUGGUUUUAAUUGUGUAGUUAUCGCGUGGAGUGUUGGAGAUAUUUGAAGUUGUUGAUAUUGAGCUGCUCUCCUCAUCUUCCUCUUCAUCAUCUUCAUCCUCGUCGUCAUCAUAACAUUGAUUUUCAUCAUAGUACUCCCAGCCAUCCUCGUCACAUUCAGCAUAUUGGUUGUUACCAUUUUCCUCGUAAUCGCCAUCAGCAUAUUCUUCAUAGUGUUCAUUUAAUUCGUUGUGAAGAUCACUACCUAAGCCGACGUUCUCAUUAUUUUCAUCGAUUUUAGCAUGUUCUGAUUUAUAAAUAUCGUUUAUGUUUGCGAUUUCUGAUUUGUCAUUCUCGUCAUUAUCUUCCUCUU